AUGGACUCGGACGCAGAAAGGAUCGAGCGCCUCAAGGCGGUUCAAAUGGCGGACCUCGGUAAUGCACGUCGAGAGCUCAUCACGACUGCCGACAAUAACUCCAACUUCUCCCAGGUUGGCUUGGAGGAACUCGACGCUGGUCGCCAGUCGAACAUCCCGGGAACCAAAGCCUUCGAAUUGGCUAAAGCCAAUAAGGUUUUUCUGGACAGGUGGCAGAACUUCCACACAACUAUCAAUGAUGAAGGCAGCAUUAAUGCACAGCUUGGAGGGAUGAUGCAUGGGCAGAGCCACCGUGCACAACUUAUUGAGAAUGUUCGUCCACGUCCUCGUCCUCCACACACCAUGUUUCAAUUUGGCGCGUCCCAGCCGGCACCGUCAAUUAACUUCUCUAAUUUCUCAAAUCCACCUUCCACCAAUCAUCCAUCUCCCUCGCCGUACCGUGGUCGUGGAAGAGGUGAUAAUGGUGGAAGGGGCCGUGGCAUGCAUUCAUUAACAAUACCAACUGGCCCCAGAGCUCAGUUCACAUCCAUGCCGUCUAGAUUGGAUCCUGCUCUGGAUGUUAAUAAUGUUUCUUCCGCUCCACGUGGAGCUGGGGUUUCCAAAAGCAGGAAGCCCGCUCCUUCCUUGAAUGUGAAGAGAGGGCCACCCACUCGUGGUACCAGCAACCCACUCAUGAGGGCAACAAAGCCAACGCCUUUGUCGCCCUUCAAAAUUGCAUCCCCGCAGGAAUUCAUGGCGCAAGCCCGGUCACCGUCGGCGGCAUCUGGCACCGCAGCUCCGAAGGUGCCUUCUCCACUGAGCCCCUCCCAACAGCCACCCGCGACGACUUCACCCAUCACAGCACCUGCUCUCAAUGGCAAGAAUGCAGAUGUGGCUACAAUUUCUGCUCCCCAGGUGGCAACUCCGACACCAUCUCCUCGUGUCCCAGCGAGGAAGAUCCUUGCUCCACGUCCAAGGCGCGUGGAGAAGUUGGCCAAGAAAGUGGAGGCCCUUGCGAGGGAAGUCAGUCCACUGAAGAAGGUAGAAGUGGCAUCUCCCAUGAUUCCAAUUAAAAUCCCUGUGAAGGCCACUUUGCAAGGCGACGAUAAAGGAAAGAAAAAGAGUGAGAGCGCGGCUGGACUUCUCCUCGACUUUGGCUCUACAGCAGAAGCUUCCUUGAUCACAUUCUCAAGCCCUGGCACUGAAGAGUUGUCAGGAAUUGACUUUCCAAAAGAGACCAUUGUUGCAAAUGUUGAACCACCAAGCCCCAGCCCUGUUGGCCGAUCGCCAAAUGCUGAGACUAUUGCGACGACCGCACAGAACUUGAUAUCUGCUGAGCAAUUGAGUGAUCUGCAGAUUGAUGAAGAUGAAGAACUGCAGAGAGAACUUGCCGUGAUGUUUGGAUUUGCCGACAGGAAUUGCCCUCGUUUGAGUACACUGCUGAGGAUAGUGAGACUAUCAUCUGGCCCCAAGCAUAAGUCCGACAGAAAACUGGCCGAGGGUAGUUCUUCAAACUCUGCAGAGACCAAUGCUGGCUCUCCUCUGACCAACAUUGCCUUUCCUCUGCCUAAUGUUGCACCUCCCGCGCCCAGCGUUGCCUCUCGUCUGUUAAAUGAUGCCACAGCGACCGAGCCUGUUACUCCUCCUGGGAAGAACUUCUCAGAGUAUCGGUCUCCUCCGCACACAUCCUCCUCAGAAGAGUCCAAGGAGAGAUUUUACGAUGCCGCUGAGAUGAAUCAAUCCCCGCGAAAAUCCGUCGGCACUGAUGGAGUCCAAGGGUUCGAGACACUGAAAGUUUCCGGGUCUUCUGCUCGGGCGAUUUACCAUGGACCGGCCCCGACUUUCAAAAUUCCUACAGCCCCGCAGAGUUCCUCUCAGUUGGCUGCGCCGAGAUCUUCAUCGGGAAGCAUGGGGACUUCAAUCUUUGCGAAGCCAAAGGUAAUUGGCCCUCAGCCUAAGGUCUAUGACAAGCCUACAGGAGGACUGUCGUAUGAGCCCGUGACGCUCCAUCAAUUGAACCCUGCCAAUGCGGUGACGAAGCCCGCUGCCCCGAUUGUGUUCUCGCCAUUCCGGCUCGGCCCCGGCGCCUCCGCAAAUGUUCCCCGGGGAGGCCUCCCACCGGCAAAGCCUGUCUCCACGCUUGGGCCUGCCCCAUACCAACCCCGCCCUAGUGCUCCAGUCAAUGCCCCUAAGGUCGUCACUCCGCCGAAGAAGGAGGAGCCCGUUUCUAAGGUAAAAUUUCUGGGACCGGCUCCGUAUCAGCCGAAGCGGAAAUGA